CCUAUGCCUGUCACUCACAGGGAUGAUACAGGCUGUGGCGGGAUUUUUCACCUAUUUUGUGAUCCUGGCAGAGAAUGGUUUUAAGCCUCUUGAUCUGCUGGGUAUCCGUCUGCACUGGGAUGAUCGAAACCUGAACGACCUAGAAGACAGUUAUGGGCAGCAGUGGACCUAUGAGCAGCGGAAGGUGGUGGAGUUCACAUGCCACACGGCCUUCUUCAUCAGCAUUGUGAUUGUGCAGUGGGCUGACCUCAUCAUCUGCAAGACACGCCGGAAUUCACUCUUCAAGCAGGGCAUGAAAAACAAAAUUCUAUUAUUUGGAAUCAUUGAGGAGACACUCCUGGCAGCUUUCCUGUCCUACACUCCAGGCAUGGAUGUGUCCCUGCGAAUGUACCCACUCAAGAUAAACUGGUGGUUCUGUGCCAUUCCCUACAGUGUUCUCAUCUUCAUCUAUGACGAAUUCAGAAAACUCAUCAUCCGUCGACGGCCUGGUGGAUGGCUGGAGAAGGAGACAUACUACUAA